AGCCAUGUCGGCUCUGGCCGGCGGGCCCCUCCCCGCCGCCCGGGGCUCGGCCGGGCAGCCCGCAGCGGCGCUCGCGUGCCCUGGGGCCCGCGCCUCCGGCGCGGGAGGGACGGCCUCGCGAGGCGCGGCCGGGCCAGGCAUUCGGAGGAGAAUUUCCGAUUUAUCCUUACACGCAUUUAUCCUCGUCUCAGCUUUGUCUUAGCUUUCGGAAGUCCUGGCGGAUGUCUUGAAUCGGCGCUGGGCUCCCUUUGAGGCGUCUCCGGCGCCGCCCCUGGCGCGCUCCGCGCCAGGGGGGUCCAGCGUGAUCCACAAAAUCCGCGCGGACCUACGAGGCUUUAUGUUACAUGCAGUCUUUCCUUCUUGUUCUUCGGGAAGGGCGGCCCCGCCGGCCAUGUCGGGGAUGGCCGCCGCCCGCGCUGCGGGCUCCAUUGUCGUCAACGGGCUGGAGCUGUUCGGGGGCAUCGGCCAGGCGCUGGAGUUCAAGAUGUCCCAGGCGCACCACGAGAUGGACUGCAGGUACAGCCGCAUCAACCUCCACCAGGACAUGCAGAGCCUGCGGCUCGACGCCCUGGACCACGGGAAGGAGGAGAUCCGCGAGAAUUACGACAUGUACGUUGGGCGGAUCGAGUCCUUGCUGCUGGUGCUUGCCCUCAUAUGGCCUUUCGCGCUGAGCACGAUCCAGUUCUCGGACCCGUUCAUUCCCGUCGUCGACUCCGGGGACUGCCCCGACGGGGACUGCCCCAUCGAGGAGGAUUUCAAGAUUCUGGUGCACAUCUGGGUGUGCCUGAUCGCCCUCGUUCUGGUCCUCCCGUUCUGGGGGAUUCUCUGCCUGAUCAGAGUGAAGCUGACGCUGGACGCGUGGCUGGAGGAAUCCCUGGCGGGCCUGAAGGAAGAUAGGAAGGCCAUCGUGAAGGCCAUGAAAGAUCCAAUCCCAGACACGGUACCGCAGAAGGCGGACGAGGUCGUACAGCGGCUGGUAGACAGGGUCUCGAAGUGUCAGGACAAGCUCUCAGAUAUCUGGAGUCGAGAGUGCAGCCGACCCGUUCAUCUCGCGAACAUUUUGCUCUGGAUCUCGGCGUACAUGGCGCUGUGUCUUUCGGCCAUAUCGGUGUGGAUCUUCUUGUGGAACAAGGGCGGCACCUACAGGAUAGCCAGCAUCAUCCUGGGCACAGCAGUCUUCGUCAUCGGUUGCUUUGCCCCGCUCGCCUACUACUUGGUGUACCUCAAGGGCCCUGAGGCCGAUGGCGACGGGGACCCAGACGGACAACCAUCGUCGCCUUCACCCCAGGACAGGCGAAGUCGGUUCAGCUGCUGCGCACCCGCGUCGGACCUGUUCCGGGAGCCAAGGACGGUCGGAGCACCGCCCCCACGGCGCAGUGCGUCGCGCUUGGAUGGCAGCGUGGUCCCCCGACGGACGAAGCCCAGCCCACCCCGCCGCCCCCUGUGGGCUUGAACUCCCCUGGGCGGACCUCGCUCUUCCCUCACCUCCUCAUCCCCCUCCCCCUCCUCCUACUCCUCCUCCCCGUUCCCGCUCGGGAUGACGUUGAGGAUACAGGUCUCGAGGUUAUAUGGGCCCACGACCGCUCCUGCAGGUCCCUCGAUAUCUCUGGGCACAUAUUUGUCGAUGGAUCGUGCGCCACUCAUACCGUCAAAGACCUCUCCAGGGCUGGGUGGGGAAUCGCAGUUGUAGGGGAUGACGGCGACGAGGUUUGCCGCAUCAGUUGUCCUUUCUGGGCCCCCAACCUCCAAACUGCCCAAGGAGGGGAGUUUAGGGCCUACGCUGUUGCUGCGAUGCACGCCCUGCCUGGGAGCUCCAUCUACUCUGAUUGUAAAAACGUAGUGGUUCAAGUGAACGAACCUCUGAUGUGGGCCCUGUCUUAUAAGCGUGUGUACUCUGGUUUUCUGCUCCCCACCCAUCGGAAGUUGGUCGAGGGAGUUUUCAAGGUCAAGGCCCAUGUGGAAGAAUCUAGGGACCUUUCAGAGUUGGAACGAUUCUGGAAGCUGGGCAAUGACCUAGCUGACAGCGUUGCCAAAAAAUCACACGUCAGGCACCCGCAACCCGACCCGUGCGAUGUCGUUUGGCUUGAUCGGUGCCUGUCUAUCGCGAAGUGUGUUAUGCGCUUUUCCGCUGAGCUUAUGCCAUUGUGGCCCAGGCUCGACCUAAAAGGCGUCCCUUUGGUCCCUAAGCCCCCGAAGCCCAAGGUGGAUCCCCAGCCUCGUCGAUGGGUUCGGGUUUCCGAUGUUUGGCAGUGCUCCGAGUGUCUCAAAGUAGCCAAGGGAGUGCCGCGUUUUAGUCCUCCUGGCGAAGGGAAGCUCGGAGGCCUAGACCCACCGCCCCCUGGCAAGUGUCUCAGAGAUUCCAAGCUUGAGGCGGCGACCCUUCGGGCCCUCCUGCACAAUUGUAUUGCCUUGCUUUGUUCGGACGGGGCUGUGCUAUGCGAUGAUAUGCCUAUUCUUCCCAUGGGCCGCCUCGCAAUUUACUUAAGAAGUGUGACGGCUGUCCCCAGAGUGCUGGGGCCAAGGCGGCCUGGAUUUCUGCGGGCACUGGUAAGCACCCCAAGCGGCGAGGCGUUUCUGUCGAGGUCGGGCCCUGGUAUCGCGACCAGGACUCAGAGGAGCUGCCGCGGCGCCUCACCGACCUUGAAAAGGAGGUGCGCACUGCCAGUCUUGUGCGUAGGCUUAUUGUCGCCGCUGGGGGAACGCCAAGCCCACCACCAGCCGUCCCAACGGAGGUUGAGCCCCCCUUGGCACAUGUUGCUGCACAGAAGCAGGGAGAUCAGGUCGUCAGCUGUUCGUCGUCGUCGAGUACCGAGCCUGCUCCUGUGCACGCGACAGUGGCUUCUGACCCGGUAGAAGUGGGGAGAGAAGCUUCUCCUGACAGGCUCAGCGGUUUGAAGCCUUUACCCCCUGCGUUGGAGCGGGAGACGGUGGGUCCUUUUAUCGCUCCGCCCAGUUGGCCACAGGGCCGUAUCUGGAGGGCCCGUCACGGGGGUACUGGUUCUUCGUUUGAGUCAGGCCCACACCAGGGACGGAGCUUGCUGCCGUCCUGGCGUUCGGCACACCAGGGGUAGUGGAGCCGAGUCGUCCUGGCGUCGCUUUGUGUUUUGUGCGUGUGCGUGUGCGCGUUUGCCCGUGUGUCAGGCACCCCAGUUGUGGGGGAAGGCGCGCAGCACGGGUGUAGUGUUCUCGAACUGUUAUUUGGGCUUGACGGACAGCAGCUCCUAGCCAUUUUGAAAAGGACUCGCGGUCGGUGUCGCCGCGGACGAUGUCCGCUUGAGACAGACAGCGGCCGCUCUCGGGUACCCUCGAAUGUUCUUCAAGUUGGCCGAGGAGGGCUUCAUGUUUUUGAAGGAUGUUAUUCUGUCCUAGGCCCGGCCGUACCCAUUUUUUUGUUUUCUGUAUUCCUUUCGGGUGUGCCAACGGCAGGCGGUCAACGGUCGGCCGCCGCCGUUCGACCCUUGGAGAGGGCCCGCGACCAGGGCCGAGCGUCACCCUGCGGCGGAGAGCCGCGCGGCCGCGGCGGGCCGCUGGGACGGCGCGGUGGGGCGCCGCCUUCUGGAGGCCACCUUCGGGCUCCCAUCGUAGCAGUUUUCCUGGAUUCCCAGGGUUCCCCUGCGGUUCAGCACGGGUUUGUCCGCUUGUCCCGUGCCCGCUCACGGAAAUCUGGGGGCUUUUUUCGCGGCCACGGCUAUCGAGAAAACGCAGUCACAGAUCAAGGUAAGUGAGUCGGCGACGGGCCCCGUUUCCGAGCGGAGUGGCCUCGCUUCGUCGCCAGGUCAGGCGGCGCGCGGCAUUGGCCUCGUGUGCCGGGGGCACCCUCCCCGAUCCGUGGACCUGGCGCCCGCGCGCGAGAUCCACGGCUCCGUAGUCCGUGUGAGCGUCCGCCCAGGGCUUGACGCGCUGAGGCAAUUCUCGUCGACGUGGAAAGACAGCGGACGCUGGUUCUCCAUGUUCGUCCUCGGGGAGUCCCCAUCGGACCCCGAGAGCGCAACAAGAACGAAUCGGGACAGCGAAGACCAGGUGUUCGAGGCGGUAUCAAGACUUCGGGGAGUCUGCGUAGUGGAAACAUCGCAGCGAUGGGGUUUUGGGGACGCAGCUCGAACAUUUGGCCAGAUGCUCAGGACCAGUUUGGAGCGGGUUUGGUCAGACUAGGGGCUCGUGGGGUGUGGCGCAAGACAGGUGGUUCCUGAC